AUGACAGAACCAUUAAAUUCUAACUUCCCAGAACCUAAAAAAGUCGGUGUCUGGGCGGAGGGAACUCACAUAGAAGCGAAGGAGUUAGUGAUACCAAAGAAAUCCCCUGAAUCUUUAGAGGAUAUUCCUACUAUACCAGAUUUGGAUGAUUUACAAGACAUUUUAGAAAAGGAAAUAUCAAUGCCCCCAAAUGCUGAACAAAAAGAUGCUGAAACAGUAAACACUUUAGCUGAAGUGGGCGUCGGUAUCAGUGGCUCAACUGAAGGCAUAGAAGGUGUACUUGAAGUGCUUAUGUCAUAUGUUCCUCAAGUUGAGUCAGAUACAGAUGAUACUGUAUGGACUGUAGACUCACUGCUCAGUCAACUUUCAGAAGAAAAUGAGACUACUAUAGAAUAUAAAUGA